AUGGUCACCACGCAGAUUCUCCUUAUAUCAUUAGAAAUCGCGGCUCUUUGGGUUGUUUGCAGCAUCGUAUACAAUGUGUACUUCCACCCGCUGCGACAUUUCCCCGGCCCAUGGAUGGCCGGAGCCACGUCCGGGUGGAAGGCGUACAAAGAAGUCAUUAAGCAGCAGACUCUGGCUCGCGAGCUUUUCAGUCUUCACGAGAAAUACGGCGAAAUCGUCCGAGUCGCCCCGAACGAGCUCCAUUUUGGGAAGCCCUCUGCGUUUCAUGACAUAUACCACGGCAGCAAUAGGUGGGAUAAGGACCCUGGUCUCUAUCGGACCGCUGGCGUCACGACCGGCUCCUUUGCGUUCCUCAAGUAUGCCCAGGCCAGGGAACGACGGGAGGUGCUUCAGCCAAUCUUUUCCAAAAAGGCCAUCAACGAACUCGAUCAUCUGGUUUGGCGUAACGCAACUAGACUCGCAUCCUCCAUAGCGAAAGCUAGCGCGACCAAGGCCUCCGUUGACCUGCUGUACGCAUUCCGGUCCUAUACCCUGGACACCAUGAUGUGCUUCACCUUUGGCAGCUGCGUUGGAGCGCUCGACGCCCCGCGUUUCCGCGACCCGCUGAUCCUCGCCAUGGACACCAGUCUCCGCAUGCUACCGCUCCUCAAGAACGUCCCCCUCGUCCGGCACCUCAUCUUCGCCGUGCCCCCCGCCCUCGCCAUGCGUCUCAUCCCAAACGCGAGCCGACUGGCUCCGCGCCUGUACCAGGUCCGCGCCCUUAUCCAGCACCAGCUGCACGUGGUGCUGAGCUGCCCAUCAAAGCUCGACGCCGUGUCGCACCACACGCUGUUCCACCACAUGCUGGACCCGCGGUCGUACCGCGCGAGGGAGGUACCGGGGCUGAAGGCCCUGCACGACGAGGGCUUCAUACUCAUCUUUGCCGGCGCACACACAGUAGCCGACACGCUCUUGAUGGGCCACUGGCACGCCAUGAGGAGGCCCGCCCUGCUCGGGCGACUGAGGAGCGAAGUCGCGAGCGUCUGGCCGGACCUGGCGGCGCAGCCGGCGCUGGCCGACCUCGAGGCCCUCCCACUCCUGACGGCGACGAUCAAGGAAUCCUUGCGCUUCAUCCCGUCCGGUGUGUCCCUGACGCGCGUGGUGCCGCCGGGCGGCGCCACCAUAUCGGGUCGGCAGAUACCCGGCGGCACCGUGGUCGGCAUGGCCAUCCUGCACGUCCACAUGUCCGCCGAGGUUUGGGGCAAGGACGUGGCCGAGUUCAGGCCCGAGCGAUGGCUGGAAGAAAAGGUCAAGGCCGAUGCUGAGAGCGAAAUGACCGCCUCGAUGGCUCGCGCGGGUAGCCUUGACCACUGGCUUGUGUCCUUCAGUCGAGGACCUCGCAUGUGCUUCGGCGUCAACUUGGCUUGGGCCGAGCUGUACAUCGCCUUCGCGACCAUGAUUCGCCGCUUUGAUAUGACCAUUGAUGGCACGACACCAGAGGACAUGGAAUGGCGAGACUGCAUUGCAGCUUAUUAUCCAAAAAGACACUUGCAUGCAUGGUGCCGCUCAUCGGAUCCCUAG